AUGCUCCACCGUGGACUCCAGCACCCACCAGACAGCAGAACAGCAGUACCGUGUGCCCUCGCAAUGCCCACCUCUCCCUACCUGGUCCACUUGACUUCCUUCCACCUGUUGCUGGCACUGUUCCUUGUCUUCUCAGGACCCUCUGAGCAGAGGAGUGGGAAUGAGUGGCAGGUGCUACAGCCUGAGGGCCCCAUGCGUGUGGCAGAAGGUGAGGCGCUCCUACUGAGGUGUACAGUGGUCGGCUCUUCGGUUGAUGACAUGAUACGAUGGAUCAGAGUGAGAAAUCAGGACCAGCAGGAAAUUUAUAACUUCAAACAUGGCUUCUUCCCUGGAGUGAUGCCCAUGACCCAGCGGACUCUAGAAUCACUUAAUUGGGAUUAUUCCAUCCGAAUCCACAAAGUCACCAGGGAGGAUGCUGGAACCUAUCACUGUGUGAGAUUUGAUGGCUUGAGUCAGCACUUGGAAGAGACGCUCAAUGAGGGCACCUCAGUGCUUGUGAAGGGAGCUGAGGACCCGGAGCCAGACCUCUGGAUCAUCCAGCCUCAGGAGUCAGUGUCUGUGACCACUGGAGACACUGUCAUCCUGAACUGUACGGUGCUUGGAAAUGGUCCUCCAGGACCCAUCAGGUGGUUCCGGGGGACUGGUCUGAGCCGGGAGGCUAUUUACAACUUCGAAGGCAUUUCUCACCCCAACGUGACAGCAGUCCGGGCCUCUGACAAUGACUUCAGCAUUCUCCUAGAAGGCAUUUCCAUUGAGGAUGCAGGCACCUACUAUUGUGUAAAGUUUCAGAGGAAACUUAACAGACAAUACCUGUCUGGACAGGGCACCAGGCUGACAGUGAGAGCAAAACCCACCUCUCUCCAAGAGGGAGAAUUCAUCUAUGGUUCUUCAGACUGGACAUCUUUGACAGGCCUCUUGUCUACAUUCUUACUUGCAGUCUUGGGGCUGAAGGCAGUGACCUUGGCUGCACUCCUGCUGGCCCUGGCUGUCCACCGGAGAAGAACUUGGCAAGAAGGCUUCAAGAUCCCAGAAUCAGCAGAGCUGUGCACAUCUCUGUAUGGGAGUAAGGGUCAGGGAUGAAGGAUCAGCCCUGGAAGGGGUUCUCUGAGCUGGAGAGAGGCCAGGGCUCCCCAACCAUUUCUCUCCCUCCAGUUCUAGUCGCCAGAUGCCCACAAGGUCUCAUGAUAAACUCUUGGAUCCCUGUGCCUGGUUUCAAUUCUCCUGGUGAAAUUCCCCCUUUGCACUGGGCUCCCUUCUAGUGUGCCAUCCUCUCUCCUCUCAGCCUGUUCAAGUGCUCCUUGUCCUUCAGGGCUUUGCUUAGGUCUCUUCUCAAUGCCCUGGCUCCUGUCACAGCCCUUUGGGGAGUAUCCCCCCUUUUCCUCAACUCUCCAAAUCUUUCUCAUCCUUCAAGACCCACCUCAGAGUCCUCUUCCCAAAAGUUUCUCUGAGCAUCUCUGAGCUCGAACAGCAGACCACCUGUGAUCCUUCACUGACAUCCUUCUUCCCCCUCCCCCUGCCCAUCUUCUUUCCUCACUCCAGCUGGCUGGGGUGCCUGUAAUAGUUAGAAAGCAGGCUUGGCAACUAUAACAAGGACCUUAAAUAACAGCUGCUUAGGCCAGAAGGCAGCCCCUCCAAACGGUUAACUUGCUCAGCUGCUAACCCAGCUACUAACCAGAAAGUUGGAGGUUUGAGUCCAUUUUACCCCCACAGGACACAUGGCAAUGUUUGGAAACCCUGGUGGCAUAGUAGUUAAGAGUUUGGCUGCUAACCAAAAGAUCGACAGUUCGAAUCCACCAGGUGCUCCUUGGAAACCCUGAUGGGGCAGGUCUACUCUGGUCUAUCAGGUCGCUAUGAGUCGGAAUUCACUUGACAGCAACAGGUUUGGGUUUUUUUGGUUUUUGGAGACAUUUCUGGACGUGGCAACUUGGGGGUACUACUGCCAUCUAGUGGAUAGAGGCCAAGUAUGCUGCUUAAACAUCCUACCGUACACAGUACAGCCCCACACAGAAAAGAAUUACCUGAUCCAAAGUGUCAGUGGAAUCCCUGGGUGGUACCUGGCUGUAAUGUGCUUGACUGCUAACCAAAAGGUUGGAGGUUCGAGUGCACCCAGAGGUGCCUUGGAAGAAAGGCCUGGUGAUCUACUUCUGAAAAAUAGGCCAUUGAAAACCCUAUGGAGUACAGUUCUACUCUGACACAUGUGGGGUCUCGGUGAGUCGGAACGACUCGACGGCAGCGAGUAGCGAUGAAGUGUCAGUGGUGCCGAGGCUGAGAAGCCCUGGAGUAGGGGAACACGUCCAGGCCCUGGGGUCAGACUCCUGUCUUUUAAUCUUUAAGGCCCUACUCCCUCACCGCGAGCCUUUACCUAAGUCAUUUCACCUCCUUGGACAUCAAGGGUAAGAAUGCAGACUUUUCUGCAUUGCAUAAAACCAACUCAAUUCAAUGCUUCCUGAGGGCCUACUAUGUGCUGCGUACACUGUGGAUGCUCAAUGAGUGUUACUUCCCUUCUCUCUUUCCCUGCAAGCAUUUAUGAGCACCGAAUAUUUGGGGAUUCAUCUGGAUGUCUUUGGUUAUAAGCAACAAAAAAACAACUGGAAAACACCAAAGCCAAAUGGGACAUUAAUUUAGCCUAAGACGCAGGUGUGGUAGGCUCCCUAAAGAUAUCCUUGUCCUGCACCCUGGAACCUGUGAACGUUACCUUAUACGGCAAGAAAGGACGUUGCAGAUGUGAUGAAGGGUUUUGAGAUGGGGAAAUAUCCUGGACUACCCUGGUGUCCUCUAAAUGUAGUCCCAAGCGUCUUUAUGAGAGAGAGACACAGAGGUAGAUUUGACAUGUGGUAACGUGACCACGGAGGCAGACACUGGAGUGAUGUAGCCACAAGUCAAGGAAUGCUGGCAGCCACCAGAAGCUGGAAGAGGCAAGGAACAGAUUCUCUGCUAGAACCUCUGGAGGAAGCAAGCCCCUGCCGACACUUUGAUUUCAGCCCAGUAAAGCUGAUUUUGGACUUCCAACCUCCAGAACUGUGGGAGAAUAAAUUUGUUUUAAAACACCCACUUUAUGGUGAUUUGUUACAACAGCCACAAGAAGCUCAUACAGCAGGGAAGCAUGGAACUGGGCCUCCACAGUGACUAGAGGUGGUUUCGCGCUCUGCCUGGCAAAUGUCCCAUCCUGCAGGCCCUGGUCUCUGCCCCCUCUCUGACCUCAUCAUCCACCUUACCCUGACUCCACUCCAGGACCCUCCUGAGCCUUGACCACACCAAACUCCUUAAUUCAUUCGAGUCUCUGCCCGGCUAUUGCCUUUGGGAGGCCUCGCUCCAUCACUGCAUCCACUAAUACUCCCCCAUCACGCCCGCUUACCUUAUGCAGCUCGAGUUUUCUUCAUAGCACUUGCUCCUGCCCGAAAAAUUGUGUGUGCAUGUGUGAGUGUGUGUGUGAGUGUGUGGGGUGCGGCAGUUGUGAGUGUGUGUGAGAAUGUGGGAGGGUAUCAGAGUGUGUGUGUAUGAGUGUGUGUAGGGGAGUGUGUGUGAGUGUGUGGUGGGUGUCUGUGUAUUUAUUUCCUUGGUGAGUAUUAGUUGUCCCCACUAGAAUUUGAGCUCUCUCAGGGCAGGGACCUGACAUGUCACCAUUGUAGCCCCUUUUCAAAAAGCGAUUG